AUGGCUUCGUCAACCCUCCACACGUUCUUCUACAAACAAGAACAUGCCAAACCACAAACCCCCCACCCUGCUGAACUCCUCAUCGACAAUGAAUUCCGCCCAUCCGCCACUCAGUCCUGGAUCGACGUCCACGACCCGGCAACAAACCACGUCGUCUCUCGAACCCCCGAAUCGACCCCCGAGGAAUUAAAAGCGGCCGUCACGUCCGCCAAGAAUGCGUACCCCGCAUGGAGCGAGACCAGCAUCAUGAAGCGCCAGCAGAUCAUCUUCAAGCUCACCAGCCUGAUCCGCGACCACAUGGACGUCCUCGCCACUGCAAUCGUCAGCGAACAGGGAAAGACAUUCGCCGACGCAAAAGGCGACGUUCUCCGCGGGCUGCAAGUCUGCGAGACAGCCUGCGGAAUCACCACACAGCUUCAAGGCGAGGUCCUCGAAGUCGCGAAGGAUAUGGAAACGCGAUCGUAUCGCAUGCCCUUGGGUGUGGUGGCGGCCAUCUGUCCGUUCAACUUCCCCGCCAUGAUCCCCUUGUGGAGUUUGCCCAUUGCUGUGGUCACGGGCAACUGUCUGAUCUUGAAACCCACCGAGCGGGCUCCGGCGGCGGCGAUGAUUAUCGCCGAGCUCUGUGCAAAGGCGGGUUUCCCGCCGGGUGUGGUUAACGUGAUCCACGGGUCAAAACCCGCCGUGGACUUCCUCCUCGAUGAGCCGGAGAUCAAGGCGAUCUCGUUUGUCGGGUCUAACAAGGUCGGCGAAUAUAUUUACAACCGUGGGGUGGCGAACGGAAAGCGAGUGCAGGCAAAUCUUGGCGCCAAAAAUCAUGCUGCCCUGCUGCCCGACAGCAACAAGCACCAUGCGAUUAAUGCGAUUACGGGCGCGGCGUUCGGAGCUGCCGGUCAGCGCUGCAUGGCGCUGAGUGUCUUGGUCUCCGUCGGUGCCGCCCAAGAAUGGAUCCCGGAUCUGGUUGCAAAGGCCAAGGAGUAUCAGGCCGGCAGUGGGUUCAACGAGAAGUCUGAUUUGGGACCGCUGAUCACUCCUCAGAGUCGCGAUCGCUGCCAGGCCUUGAUUGCCAGUGCGGAGAAAGAGGGAGCUAAGAUUGCUUUGGAUGGUCGGGGUUGGAAGCCUGAGGGCUUCCCUGAUGGCAACUGGGUCGGCCCAACCGUCAUAACCGGAGUCAAGCCGCACAUGGAGUGUUACAAGGAGGAAAUCUUCGGUCCAGUGCUGCUCUGCGUUGAGGUGGACACGCUCGACGACGCGAUCAACAUGAUCAACGCCAACGACUGGGGCAACGGAGCUGUGAUUUUCACGCAGUCCGGAUCCAGCGCGUCGCACUUCCAGAAGAGAAUCGAAGCCGGCCAGCUGGGUAUUAACGUGCCCAUUCCGGUCCCUCUCCCGAUGUUCUCUUUUACUGGAAACAAGAGGAGUGUUGCAGGAACAGGGUUGGCGAACUUUUACGGAAAGGAUGGACUGAGGUUUUAUACCCAGUGGAAGACUGUGACUUCGUUGUGGCGAUCGGAGGAUGCUCAUGCUUCUCAGAAGCCGAGUUUUAUGGUUUAG